GUGUGUAUAGACACAUGUACACAAAUAUGUCUGUGUAUACAUUAACAUUUCAAAAUGAUGGGGAUAAGGUUUUAUGAAAAUUUUUGAAAAUCUAUGAUUUCUUAUCACCUCACUCCCCGGGGCCCUCAAGAUGGACUUAUUCAAUCAUUUCAUCCACCUGGUUGAUGUAUACAUCCAGCAACAAACUACUACAAGAUGUCAACGACGAUGGUGGAAGUUGGCUACUUUCUCAGUUUUACAAUGUGCGAAGACUAAUAUCGAUGCCUUAAGUAAUAUAUUACAUAUAUGAGAUGCUCAACAUCUCUCAAUCGAUGCUAACAUUCCACGAUGCGCAUGUUCAGCCGGAACCUGAAUUCGGCCUUCAAACAUAAAAACAUACUAGGUUGAUGCAUGAAUUGACGAAGCGACUGUUUAUUUCCCAUGUUAUAAUAUAUUUAUCAAUGAUAUAUGUAUAUAUAUAUAGUGGGGGAAAUUUUCUCUUGAUCAACACGACCACCGUCUCAUACUUCCUAACAAGCUAUGAUUCAUAAAAGAUAUAACAGAUGGUAUCUGCAUAAAAGAAUUUUUUUCCCUUUACAUUCAUCAUCAUUUAUCAUCUAAAGACUGAGGUUAUUAUAUUAUUGGAUUCUAAUUUUUCUACUUCACUGUCUAAUAAUUUCAACUUGGACAUCUUUCUAAAGGAGUUCCUACAAUCUUCAGAAAUCAACAGAGGUCCAAGUUCUUUCAUGGAAAUAGUGAGAAACGAAAAAUUAUGGAAAACACAUUAUGUGACAAAUCAUUUACGCUUCAGAUAGAGUCUGAAAACAUUAAUUUUGCUGAUAAAAUGUUGAAAGGGACAAGAAAAGCAUCGAACUACUGUGAUAUCUGUGGUAAAUCAUUCGCACACAGAAACUCUUUAACUGCUCACAAACGUAUUCAUACAGGGGAGAAGCCACAUCAGUGUAAUAUUUGUGGCAAAUCAUUUAUUUCAAGUUGUCACUUAACUACUCAUAUACGUACUCAUACAGGAGAGAAGCCUUAUCACUGUGAUAUCUGUGGUAAAUCAUUUGCUCAUAGUACUCACUUAACUGUACAUAAAUAUAUUCAUACAGGAGGGCAGCCAUACCAUUGUGAUAUCUGUGGUAAAUCAAUGUCUUCAAACAGUAAAUUAAAAGUGCACAAACGUUUCCAUACUGGAGAGAAGCCAUUUCAGUGUGACAUCUGUGGGAAAUCAUUCUCUAUUAGUAGUCACUUAACUACUCACAAAUAUAUUCAUACAGGAGUGAAACCAUAUCACUGUGAUAUCUGUGGUAAAUCAUUCUCUGUAGGGAGUAACCUAAAUACUCACAAACGACUUCAUACAGGAGAAAAGCCAUACCACUGUGACAUCUGUGGCAAAACCUUAUCUGAUUCAGGUAACUUAACUAGUCACAAACGUAUUCAUACAGGAGAGAAACGAUACCUUUGUGAUAUUUGUGGUAAAUCAUUUUCUCACAGUGGUCGUUUAACUACUCACAAACGCAUUCACACAGGAGAAAAGCCAUAUCACUGUGAAAUUUGUGGUAAAGCAUUCACUACCACAGGUGAAGUAACUGUUCACCAACAUAUUCAUACAGGAGACAAGCCAUAUUCAUGUGAUAUCUGUGGUAAGUCAUUUCCUCGUAGAGAAUCAUUACCUAUUCACAAACGUAUACAUACAGGUGAGAAGCCAUAUCGCUGUGAUAUCUGUGGUAAAUCAUUCGCAGUGUCAACUACCUUAACUAUACACAAGCGCAGUCAUACAGGAGAGAAACCAUAUCACUGUGAUACCUGUGGUAAAUCAUUCACUACAACAAGUUACUUGACUAAACACAAACACAUUCACACACGAGAUGUGUCAUAUCACUGUGAUAUCUGUGGCAAAUCAUUUUCUCAGAAACGUCAUUUCACUGCCCAUGCAUUGGUUCAUAGAGAAAAAUAACUGUGUCAAGUCACUGUACGAUGUGCUGUAAACAAAAUAUCUAACCUUAAAUGUAUUCAUGGAGAGAGCUAGCUCUCUCUUUCAAGAUUAUAAUUUAUGUGACGACAACUAAUAUCUAGAGUCUUGAGAUAUCUUACCACUUUGAUUAUUUAAAUAAAAGUAUUGUUUCAGAAAGUAUACAUAUAUAUUGCAACUAACAUAUUUCCUGAGGGAAGACAUAGAAUGAAUUUAUUGGAUGUUGUGUGAAAAUAACUGAGAAAUAAAAGUGCAGAACACAUCAGGAUAAAAGUAU